UUUUCUUUUCUUUUUUUUUUUUGUGGUGGUUUGUUGGUAGAAGAAGGAAGUCAGAAUAGAGGUAUUGUGGAGUAGAUUUAUUUAAAACAGAAACUAAAGACAAACUUUCUUGAGAAAGAAAUAACAUCUGUAACUGAAAUGCUGUUUCUGCAAAUUUUUUUGCUAGCAGUUUUCCUCGCAACUGAUGACAAUGAAGAUGCCUUCCAGGAGAAGAUCUUCAAAUUGAUCCACACCGCAUCCUUCUACAAUGAUUCCUGGGUGAAAAUUCAGAAUUCUGCUUGGUUGGGUGACUUGCAGACUCAUGGCUGGGACACCAACUCUGGCAGAAUUAUUUUCCUGCGUCCUUGGUCCAAGGGCAACUUGAGGAAGGAAGAGAUAAAAGAACUGGAAGGAUUCUUCCGUGGGUUCUCUCUUAUAAUGCCUCAAGUAAUUCACGGACAUGUCAGUCAAUGGAAGUUUAAAUAUCCCUUUGAGAUUCAGGUAACAUUGGGCUGUGAACUGGACCCUGGGGGAGCCAUUGUAGGCUUCCAUCAAUUUGCUUAUCAAGGAUCCGAUCUCUUGUACUUCCAAAACAAUUCAUGGCUACCAUCUGCAAAGGGUGGAACAAGAGCUCAGGAUAUGUGCAGAGUAUUCAAUGAGGAUCAUAUCAUGAAGGAAACAGUACAGAGGCUUCUCAGUGACACCUGCCCACGUUUCCUCUCGAGUAUUCUUGAUGCAGGGAAGGCCGAUCUCCAGAGACAAGUAAAACCAGAGGCCUGGCUGUCCACUGGCCCCAAGCCUGAUCCUGACAAUCAGAUGCUGGUUUGCCAUGUCUCUGGCUUCCAUCCAAAGCCAAUUUGGGUAAAGUGGAUGCGAGGUGAACAGGUACAACAGGACACUCAACAAAGUGAUAUCUUGCCCAAUGCUGACGGGACAUGGUACCUUCGUGUUUUCUUGGAGGUGGAAGCCACUGAGACAUCUGGCCUGUAUUGCCGGGUGAGACAUAGCAGCCUAGGAGGCCAGGACAUCCUCCUCUACUUGGAACAUCAUCAUAACUCCGUGGGCUGGAUCAUCUUGGCAGUGAUGGUGCCCCUGGUGCUUCUGACAGCUCUUGCAUUUUGGCUUAGGAAGCGCUGGUCACAUUAUGAGCCACUGGCCAGGCUUCUUCCUUUGGAAUGAGAUUACAGCAGCCCUGGGAUUCCAGACAUAUUUAAACGCAGCAUGGUGAUAAUGUCCGUUCAGCUCUGCAUGUACAACUUUGGUUGCUUAUAUGUUAUUUGUGUGUUUAAUGGUUAGUUAUUAAUAUGAGCUAAAGGUAAUUUUGCAGAACUUGCUUCUGACCUGGUUCAGAGAUAAAAAGUCCUUUUUUAACUCUUAGUGAAAUGAGAUCCUAUCAAUUUUACAUAUUGAAAAAUUGAUGAAUCUCAGGCCCAUUUCAGAUGUCACCACUUUAUGGGGGCCUUCCCUGAUUCACAAGUGGAGGCAGCGUCUGAACUCCCACUACACUUUUCAGUGGACUUUGCUGAAUCUACUUCUCACUUUUUAUCCUUUGUAGCAGUCAUAUAGGCCCCCUUUCACCUUCUGAUUCUUAAGCUUAAGAGCAAAGUCUGUCUUUUUAAAAUUUGUAUCAUUUACAAAGUAUACAACUAUAUGUAAUAUAUUUUAAUAAAAGCCUGUGUUAAGUUUAAUUAGC